GUCUCUUCUUCAGUCGCUUCCUUACUUAUUUUUUGGCUUAAAAUGGCCCAUUCUAGGUGAUGAGGAUUCUAUAGCGAUCAAUUCUCUUGCCGUUGUUUGAUUUUCAAUUUAUUCAAACUGAGGGAGCUAUCAAGUCAGUUGUAACUCUUCGACUCGAGUAAUACGAAAGAUGCCUCCCAGAAAGCGCAAGUCACCAGUCUCAUCUAAUACAGAUGCCUCGUCAGCUGCGAAACGAAGCAAUACGUCCAGCUCUAAUACACAGAAUGGUCAGUCGAACGCCAGUAUCAGCACUCCUCAUCCCAGCGCACAGCAGACCGAGGAUUUUGGUAUCGUCCUGCGGGAGUUUUAUCCGCCAGAGAUGAGCAACUCACGCUGCGAAGCUUACAGCAAUGGGACGCUUGAGCGACCGAUUGAUACUCUCAACAAGGCUUACGCAGAAACCGAAGAUGCGCGCAAGGCCGUCAAGCCGAAGAAUGCGGUUGUGCAUUGGUUUAAGAGCGAUCUGAGAUUGAAAGACAACCGUGCAUUGACCUUGGCUUAUGAGACUGCGAAAAAACAUGAUAUUCCGUUGGUAUGUUUAUAUAUACAGUCACCGCAGGAUUGGACAGCGCAUUUGACCAGCCCGGCGCGGGUUGAUUUCACGCUUCGUAAUCUAGAAGUGCUGAAGCAGAAGCUUGCGCAGCUUGAUAUCCCUCUUUAUAUGGAAACUCAAGAAAAGCGCAGAAAUGUACCAACUCGGAUAGUGGAACUAUGUGAGCAAUGGGGAGCUAGCAAUUUGUUCGCCAAUAUCGAGUAUGAAGUGGACGAGCUGAGACGUGAAGCUAAACUGGUAAAACUAUGCAGUGACAAGGGAAUUGCUUUUGAAGCUGUUCAUGAUUCCUGUGUUGUCGUUCCUGGAGCUUUGGAGAGCCAACAAGGUAAACAGUAUGCAGUAUAUACCCCGUGGUAUCGGUCAUGGAUAACAUAUCUUCACGAGCAUUCAAGAAACUUGCUUAUAGUGGAUGAACCGGGGAAGAACACUGGAAACGCACGGUCGCACUUUAAGGAUCUUUUUGAUAGCCCGGUUCCAGAUGCACCACAGAACAAGCGUCUCGGAAACAAGGAGAAGCAGCGGUUCAAGGAAAUGUAUCCUGAAGGCGAAGACGAGGCGAUCAAACGUUUGGACAAGUUUAUGGAAACCAAGGUCAAGGAUUAUGAUAAGAUGCGAAGCAUGGUCUCUGGACAAACUACCUCGAUUCUCAGCCCUUAUUUUGCAGCCGGUAUUUUGAGUGCUCGAGUAUCUAUCUCCAAGGCAAAGGAUGCCAAUGGAGGGUACCUAGAUGGAAAGAAUGCUGGGUUAGCAACGUGGAUUAGCGAAGUUGCCUGGCGUGACUUCUACAAGCAUGUCCUUGUGCAUUGGCCGUUCAUCUGUAUGAACAAAUGUUUCAAGCCCGAAUUCACCAAUGUCGAAUGGGAAUAUGACGAGGAGCUCUUCAACCGUUGGACAGAAGGCAAAACAGGCUUCCCAAUCGUCGACGCAGCCAUGCGGCAUCUCAAGCACGAGGCAUGGAUGCACAACCGCAACCGCAUGAUUGUAUCUUCUUUUCUGUCAAAGGAUCUAAUGAUCGACUGGCGCCGUGGGGAACGGUAUUUCAUGGAAAACCUUAUCGAUGGCGACUUUGCGUCCAACCAUGGUGGGUGGGGGUUUGGAUCGAGCACGGGUGUUGAUCCACAGCCCUAUUUCCGUAUCUUCAAUCCCCUCUUGCAGAGUGAGAAGUUUGAUCCAAAUGGUGACUUUAUUCGUAAGUGGGUGCCAGAGUUGCAAGAAAUAAAGGAUAAAAAGUCCAUUCAUGAUCCGUAUGGAAGAGGCGCUGGGGCAGCAGCGCAGAAGGCUGGGUAUCCACGACCGAUUGUGAAUCAUUCGGAGAGUCGAGAUAGGGCCUUGCAGAGGUAUAAGGAGGGGAUUGCAAGCGGUAAGCCGUGAUUAUAAGUAGGUCAAGGUAGACUAAGUAGAGGAAUUAUGCGGUUUUACGUACGAUAUGUCGCUCAAAAAUACGUAACUGAUCGAUCGUGAGCUGAAUGACGAAUGUGCAACAUCUCUUGCACUCAGAGUGGGAUUUCCACUCAAAUAAAAGAUAAGAUAUUAUUCUUUUGUAACAACAUUCCUCUGUAGUAAUAGAUUUUGAGCACUUCAGCUCAAUAUGGAGAUUGAACCCAAUGCCGACGAAUGAGCAAAAGCGAACUCGCCAUUGUGAAAUGUCCAGGUUGGGUGUCUCCGGUAUGAACUAUCCUCCAC